CAUCCCCAACGGUCACCCAGGCAGGGCUCCAGCCUUCUAAAGUCGCAACGUUUACUGCUGGUAGUAUAAAACCGUCUCUCUCUCUUCUUCCGUGUUCGCCGGACAGAAAACCCUUAACAAAUUGCUCAAAACAUUCCCAUUUCGAUUUCUUCCCCAGUCCCACCAAAACCCAAAAAAGAUGUUUAAACUAUUUGUCGCGAUUACUUUAUUGGUCUUGUGCGCGACAGAUUCCGGUACGGCGCAGCAGGGCAACAAUGCCGCCCCUGCACCGGCACCCGGUACUUCCCACUCGCCCUCGCCGGCAACUUCUUCGCCCCCGUCCAGUUCUCCGGUGUCGGCUCCGGCCAGUCCUCAAGUAUCUCCUUCGAAGCCUCCGAGUUCGUCGCCACCGACUGCCGCUGCUCCCGAGAUUUCUCCCGCGAUGCCCGUUUCUCCAACGGCCAGCCCGUCUGCUUCGCCGGUGCAAUCCCCGACGCCUUCGUCCGCUACUCCGGCGAAUCCUCCGGCUGCCGCGAAAACGCCCGUGAGCACUCCGGCGCCAUCUCCUACGGUGUCGUCUCCAGCGAAACCUCCUACUACAGCAGAAACUCCGGUCGGCGCUCCGGCAUCAUCUCCAACGGCAUUAACUCCGGCGACCCCUCCUACUGCAGCAGCGACACCGGCGAGCACUCCGGCACUAACACCGGUAAUUUCGCCGGCGGCGGCGGAGGUUCCGCCGGUUCCUCCGGUCCCUGCAACACCUGCGGAGGCGCCGGAGAUGUUCAAAAGCCCACCCAGUCCGUCGGCGGCGAGUUUGUCUCCGGAGAUCGCUCAGGGUCCGAUUCAGGACGAAUCUGGUUCGAACUCAAAGUACGAGGGUCGGGUCAUUUUCAGUGGGCUGGCUCUUUGGGCCGUUUUGGCAUUUUAAAACUCGAGUACUUAUAUACUUGUAUUUAUGCAAUUAUUAUUGGGAUGUUGCUAAUGCCAAAAUCGUUUUUGUUUGUGUCAAAAUUAUAGCCCGUAAAAAGUUUUUUACCUUAUAAAUGGUACAAGACUUUUACGCGCUGCAAUUUUGACACAAUAAAAAUAAUUUUGGCAUGAUCAUUUCCCUCGUUAUUGUAUUAAUUUUGUGAUGAUUGGUGGUGAAGUAGUAGUAUUAUUCAUUUGUAUAUUUGGUUGGUUAGAGUAUGGCAAUCUAUCCUCCCUUGGACUGUUUGGCAAACCUUCGUGACGAUGUUUCGAAUUCUUAUCCAUUAAUGGAUAAUAACUACUUCCAGCUCA